UACUUUGAAAUUUAUGCCAGGGCAUUACUGAUUUCAGUUUGUGUGUGUUUAGAAUUUCAAAGUAAUAUCAAUGAGCCUACCACAAGAUUCCUACAACAAUGAGCCAAUUGGAGAUUGGCAGAAGCUGAAGCUGCUCCUGUGGAAGAAUUGGACUCUUCAAUGGAACCAGAAAAUUCAACUAAUGUUCGCCCUGGCUCUUCCAGUACUAUUUCUCCUCCUCAUUGUAACGCUGCGUGUGCUGGUGGAGCCCGUUCCAAUGCCAGUAGUUAGGUACCCACCAGUAUCUAUUUCGGAUAUGAAUCUAUUUAAGAAAUCAGUUAUACAUGGAAACCUAAUUAUGCACGAUAACGGAUCACUGAAUAUUCCCAAAAACAUCCUUUGCUAUACUCCAGAUAGCUCGGCUAAUCGGGCCAUCAUUACUGCUGCGACAAUGCGGCUAAGGCUUUUGAGCUGGCGAUCGUAUGAUACCGCCUCGCACAUGGAAUAUGAUUUAAUAACGCACAACUACUUGGCUGGUGUGGAGUUCGAGAGUGAGACGACAAGUGCACAGAAUGACAGGGGAUUUGCAUAUUCGUUCAAUUAUAGAAUUCGAUUUCCCAGCGAGCUGCGCACCAUGUAUGGGCCAUUUGUGGAGACGUGGCGGACCAACAACCUGUUUCCAAACUACGAUAUGAGUGGGCCCCGUAACAUUAAUGCCAGCGAUGGGGGUGUGCCCGUUGGAUAUAUCGUGGAGGGGUUCCUACCACUGCAGCAUGCGCUAACAAUGUCGUGGCUGCAACUGAGCACUGGCCGAAAGGAGGAAGAGCUCCCGCAAAUACAACUGCAGAGGUUUCCUUACAGAUCGUACAUCCACGAUCCGCUCUUGAGUGGCCUGCAACAGCUGUUGUCCUUUAUUAUUCUGCUGAGCUUCAUUUAUCCCUGCUCGUUUGUGGCGAAGCAAGUGACCAACGAGAAGGAACUUCAGCUGAAGGAUAUCAUGAAACUGAUGGGCGUCCACAACUGGAUUCAUUGGCUAGCAUGGUUUGUCAAAAGUUAUGUCAUGCUCAUGGUGGUGGUGCUACUUCUGAUGUGCCUGCUUCUUGGAAGGUAUUACAAAUCAGUCGCCAUUCUUACAUAUACUCAUUGGAUUCCCCUGCUGGUGUUCCUUCACACAUAUGUGUUUGCGAGCAUAUGCUUCUGUUUUAUGAUUGCUGUUUUCAUUUCCAAGGCCAGUACAUCGGCUGCAGCUACCAGUAUUUUGUGGUUCCUUACGUAUAUACCUUAUUCGUUUUCGUUCUACUACUAUGAACGCUUGAACCUGGCGACGAAGCUUAUACUAUGCCUCCUGAUGUCAAAUACAGCUUUGGGAUUCGGUUUCCAUGUGAUAAUGGCCUGGGAAGGCACUGGGGAGGGAGCUCGCUGGAAUAAUAUGUUCCAGCCUGUCUCUUUGGAUGACAGUCUAUCGCUGAUUUAUGUGGUUUUUAUGCUUACACUUGGCGGACUAAUCUAUCUGACAGUUUGCCUAUAUGUGGAACAAAUAUACGCUGGAGACUCUGGGGUAGCUCGUCGAUGGUAUUAUCCGUUUCGGCGAAAGUUUUGGUCCGAGCUUCUGGGUCACUCGGAUAAUACAAGACUUUUACCUUUAAGUCCAACCAGCUUGAGUAGGAGAAGUAAAUAUAUUGGAAUUCAGCUGUGCAACCUCCAGAAAAACUACGGGAAACAUAAAGCUGUCCAAGGACUAAAUCUGAAAAUGUAUCGGAAUGAAAUUACAGUAUUACUUGGGCAGAACGGUGCAGGAAAAACUACAACAAUCCACAUGCUUACUGGGAUAAUUCAACCAUCGGAUGGAACGGCAUUCCUAAACGGCUAUGACAUUCGCCACCAACUGGCAUCCGCACGCAGAUCAUUGGGCAUAUGCCCGCAGCAAAAUAUACUCUUCAACAACAUGACUGUGCGAGACCACAUUAAGUUUUUCAGCAAACUGAAAGGUGUGCGCGGAUCUACUGCCGUUAAUUGGGAAGUAAGUAAGUACAUGCGAUUAAUGGAGUUGGAGGACAAGUCACGCAUUGCCGCCGAUAAGCUGUCCGGUGGCAUGAAGCGGAAACUGUCUCUGUGCUGUGCGCUCUGCGGCAACACAAGCAUAGUACUGUGCGACGAGGCCAGUGCUGGCGUCGAUGCAGCCGGACGUCGGAGUCUUUGGGAGCUCCUACAGGCCGAAAAGAUUGGCCGCACUGUACUGCUGACCACACAUUAUAUGGACGAGGCGGAUGUGCUGGGAGAUCGUAUUGCCAUUCUUUGCGACGGUAAGCUAGAGUGUUACGGCACAUCAUUUUUUCUCAAGAAACGUUACGGCAUCGGAUACCGGCUAAUCUGUGUGAAGCAACAGAGUUGCAACGUUGUAGAGGUCACACAGCUGCUGAAUAAACAUUUGCCAACCGUUGAGCUAGAAAGCGAGUUUGGGAGCGAAAUAGCCUAUCUUUUGCCCAGCAAAUACUCAAAAAAAUACCCAGAUUUGUUGAAUGCUCUAGAGCAGCAGUCGAACCAUUUGAAACUGGAUGGAUAUGGCGUGAGUGUUACCACUUUAGAAGACGUGUUCAUGCGAGUCAGCAACAUAUCGGAGCGUCCACAGGCAGAAGACUCCGACCCUGCUGCUCAGCCACAAAACGAGGAGGGAUUCGAUGGCUUGUUUUCUGAUAUGGAAAUGAAAGAAGAGCGCUGGCACACUCGCUGCUGUAUGCGCUGGCAGGCACUCCUUUUGAAAAAGGCCCUAAUCACUAAACGUAACUACUGGAUAGUGCUAAUGCAAGUGUUUCUCCCCGUACUAAUCAUGUCCCUAACCAUACUGAAUUCAAAAGGCGGUCGUAUUUACUAUGAGCUGCCUGAAAUGAAAAUUUCACUCCAUCAGUAUCCCAAGGGCUACGUUGUAUUUCAUGGCGAAGCUAAUAAACCAUCGUUAGUGCCAUCGUUGGCCUCCACCUAUGCGGAGCACCUGUCCACUUACGGCCUGGGAUACAAGUUGAUAAAUACCAGCGAUGCAAGCGUUGAAGAGUACAUUUUGGGAGUUGGAAAGAACCAGAUGCGUCGAGUCGAUUUCCAGUACUUGGCAGGGGUGACCAUCGGAAACGAAGGCCUGACCGUUUGGCUAAAUAAUAAGCCUUUGCAUACGGCGCCAUUAACGCUCAAUUUACUGCACAAUGCGAUUGCAGUUGAGCUCCUUGGAAAGCAGGCUAAAACAGGGGUAACCAAUGCCCCGUUGCCCUACAACAAUCAAACACUGACCCUGCGUCUGAACAAAGGACAGCGGUUGGGUGCCGAAAUAGCCAUAAACCUGGGUCUAUGCAUGAGCAUCAUCACUGCCCUUUACGUGAUUCCGAUAAUAAAAGAGCGGGAGACGCGAGCCAAGCUAAUGCAAUUCCUGAGUGGCGUGGAUGCGUUUGCCUACUGGAUUAGCCAGUUGCUGUGGGACUACGCCAUAUUCGCUGUGUCUGCUCUAAUGGCCAUCGUCACAAUAGCCGCUUUUCAAGAGCCUGGAUAUUCAACAGUUUCCGAUUUGAGCCUAUACUAUUCCGUUCUGUUAUUAUUUGGCCUAGCAGCACUGCCUCUCAGCUACACCUUGUCCAGUUUUUUCUCCGAUGGAGCUACGGGCUUCACACGGACCGUCAUCGCCACCACCCUCACUGGCACCGGCUUGUUCAUGCUAGUUCUGGCCCUAUCAUUUGAGGCAUUUCAACUGAAGCACAUAGCCGUCCAACUGGCCUGGUACUUCAGAGUUUUCCCCCACUACUGCUUGGCGAGUGCUAUUCAUCACAUUCAUAUUGGAUUUAAUAUUCGGCGUGGAUGCAACUUUGCUGCGGUUCGUAAGCUAUCGAGAACCGUCCGCUGUCGCACUGUUCCAGUGUGCUGUAAUAUUUCCGGGUACUUUGAUUGGCGCCACCCCGGAGUGUUGCCGGAGAUCGCAUAUCUAUCUGCGGUAGCUACGUUUCUACUGUUGUUACUUAUGAUUGUUGAUGCCAAGAUGUGUACUUGUGGGGCUGGCUGUGCGCCCUUUAAAUUAUUGUGUUCGAUUGGAAAACGUCGACGAACGAAAGACCAAUCCAAUUUCGAUAACGAGGAUGUCAAGAAGGAGAAUUUCUUUAUUAAAAACAUGACACUCUCCCAGCGGAAAAAGAUGCCUCUUCUGGUGGAUGGCAUUAGCAAGCGUUAUGGAAAGUACUUCGUUGUGAAGGAUCUCUCGUUCUAUGUGACACACGCCGAAUGUUUUGGACUGCUGGGAAUCAACGGUGCUGGAAAGACCACAACAUUUCGGAUGCUCACAGGCGAUGCGCGAAUAACUGCGGGAAGGGCUUUCGUAGAAGGCAGAAACUUGUGCACAAAAUUGCAUAGGGUCUACGAAAAAAUCGGCUAUUGUCCGCAGUUUGAUGCAUUGUUUGAUGAUUUGACCGGCCGCCAGACACUGCGUAUUUAUUGCCUACUGCAAGGCGUUCAACGCCGGCAUGUGCGAGAUAUCUGUUCGUCCCUCGCGGUGUACUUCGGGUUCCAUGAGCACAUAGACAAAUUAGCCAAACACUACAGCGGAGGCAAUAAGCGGAAACUAAGUGCUGCAAUAUCGAUCAUUGGAAAUCCUUCAAUAUUGUACUUGGAUGAGCCGACCAGUGGCAUGGACCCUGCAGCUCGGCGACAGAUAUGGAGAAGACUAGCGCAUAUACGGACAUCGGGAAAGUCCAUUGUAUUGACAUCGCACAGUAUGGAUGAGUGCGAAACGUUGUGCACGCGCCUAGCCAUUAUGGUGGAUGGCCAAUUUAAGUGCAUAGGAUCUGUACAAAACCUAAAGAAUAGAUACUCAAAGGGACUCAUACUGAAGAUUAAGGUGAAGCUUUCCAACCGAAUCUCGUCCAGCUCAGAGCUAUCAGCAAAUGGAAGCGAUGAAGCACGGGGAAUAGCGAACAGCAAUAAUAAAAGAAGCGAUGAAAUUAGCAUAAUCAAAGAAACUGAUGCGCCCCAUCGAAUUUUAAAACUAAAAAGCUUUAUUUCAAAAGAGAUACCAGACGCAGUUCUCAAGGAAACCUGCAGUGGGAUGCUCACGUACUAUAUUCCCCUGAAGAAAUUAAUGUGGUCGAACCUAUUUCGACUGAUCGAAAAUAAUAGAGAAAAACUAUACAUAGAGGACUAUUUAAUAAUACAGACGAGACUGGAGGAAAUAUUCUUAGAUUUUGCACUGAAACGAGGUCAGUCUGGUGCUGGCGCCCCAAAUGAUACUUCUGGUGAAGCUGAGAAGUGAUUUGUUGACCUGAUUGACGCUCUUGUGAAUUACUUUUGUGAGCUUAUACAUGUGUAAAUAUUAGCCUAUUAAAGCUGCUAGG